UACGUUAAUUGUAACGAGAAUGGCUAGUUUUACACCUCAAAUGAUAAUGGAGGAAGAAUGUUAGAUGAUGACAGUGUGGCCGAAUAUUAAUAACGAUUUGACGGAUGCAGCGAAAAGUGCGCAUAUAGACGUUAGCAAAUGGUUGACAAAAGUAUUGGAGUACAAUGUCCCAGGAGGAAAGAAAAUUCGCGCGUUAACAUUAAUUUAUUCAUACAAAUUAUUGGCUCCAAACGAACAACAAACAAAAGAAAAACUUCGUUUGGUACGGAUUUUAGGGUGGUGCAUAGAACUGUUACAAGCAGGUGGACUCAUGUUAGAUGACAUUGAAGAUAGAUCGCUAAUGCAAAGAGGAAAACAAUGUUGGUACCAACGCAAUGAUGUUGGUUUAAUGGCCAUCAAUGAUGGCCUGACGUUAGAAAACUCUGUGUAUUAUUUAAUUCAAAAGCACUUUAAGAAGGAAGAUUGUUAUGUUUAUCUAAUAGAAAGGGUCCAUACGGUGAAUGAAAAUAUAUUAUCUAUACAUAGGGGAGUACCCCAACAUUGUUUUUUCCUUUUGACCGAGCAAUUAUAUAUUAUGAAAAUAUUUCCACAGAAUAUAUGGAAAACAAUAUUAAGCCAAUCUCUGGAUAUGCUGUCAACCAACUCAGGCAAGAAGCCAAAUCUGGCCUUAUUUAUAAUGGACCGUUAUAAGUCCAUUGUCGAGUAUAAAACAUCAUAUUAUACUUUUAUUUGACCUGUAACCUCAGCAAUGC